AUGAGGUCACAGUCUGCACGAGAGAAACCACAGGAGGUCACAGUCUGCACGAGAGAAACCACAGGAGGUCACAGUCUGCACGAGAGAAACCACAUGAGGUCACAGUCUGCACGAGAGAAACCACAGGAGGUCACAGUCUGCACGAGAGAAACCACAGGAGGUCACAGUCUGCACGAGAGAAACCACAUGAGGUCACAGUCUGCACGAGAGAAACCACAGGAGGUCACAGUCUGCACGAGAGAAACCACAGGAGGCCACAGUCUGCACGAGAGAAACCACAGGAGGCCACAGUCUGCACGAGAGAAACCACAGGAGGUCAGAGUCUGCACGAGAGAAACCACAGGAGGCCACAGUCUGCACGAGAGAAACCACAGGAGGUCACAGUCUGCACGAGAGAAACCACAGGAGGUCACAGUCUGCACGAGAGAAACCACAGGAGAUCACAGUCUGCACGAGAGAAACCACAGGUCACAGUCUGCACGAGAGAAACCACAUGAGGUCACAGUCUGCACGAGAGAAACCACAUGA